CGUGUCUACCUUGGAGGUUAAGCUCGGGGUAGGAAUCACCCACGUGUGUUCAGUUUCCGGAAGAUCAUUGUAGCUCCUAAAAGAAAGAAAAUGGAAACCUGAAAUCGCACUUUAGCUUUAAACACCCGAGCGUCUCUGAGAGAAGAUUAAAAGAACACUUUGGAAGUACGAUUACACUGCUACUCACAUCAUUGAACAGCAGCUGGAUCUUGCUGAAGAUUGGAGAGCAUCCCUCAACCUCCCUCCCUUCUGAAUCAAUGGAAGGGUCUGACAGUUUAGAGCAGAGUGGCAGUGACCAGCCAGAGUCCCAGCGCAGAAGACAGCUGGACCGCCUGGACAGGGAGGAGGCCUUCUACCAGUUUGUCAACAAUCUCAGUGAUGAGGACUAUCGUCUCAUGAGAGACAACAAUCUUUUGGGAACCCCAGGAGAGGUGACAGAGGAUGAGCUGUUUAGUAGACUUCAGCAAAUCAAGGAUGGUCCAGAACAGCAGAAUAACAGCACUAGUGCUCCCAGUACAGAAGGUGGAGAAGAUCCAGUUGAACCACCAGAAAACUCUGAGGAUCCUGCCAAUGGUGAUAGUCUCUUAGACUGGCUGAACACAGUGAGGCGCACAGGCAACACAACCAGAACUGGUCAUCGUGGAAACCAGUCAUGGCGAGCUGUAAGCCAAACCAACCCAAACAGUGGCGAUUUUCGCUUCAGUCUGGAAAUCAGUGUGAAUCGCAACCUGGCUGAACAGCAGGCAGCUGCUGAAGGGGAGCAGGAAUCUCCAGAGGAGUCUCCAGAGGAGUCCCCAGAGGAGACUCUAGAGGGUCAAGAAGUGGUUGCAAAUGCAGAACCACUGGUGGCAAAUGCAGAACCACUGGUGGCAACCGCAGAACCACUGGUGGCAACCGCAGAACCACUGGUGGCAAAUGCAGAACCACUGGUGGCAACCGCAGAACCACUGGUGGCAAAUUCCGAACCACUGGUGGCAAAUGCCGAACCACCGGUUGCAGAUCCUGAACCACAGGUGACAAAUGCCGAACCACCGGUGGCAAAUGCCGAACCACCGGUGUCAAAUGCCGAACCACCGGUGUCAAAUGCCGAACCACAGGUGCCCAAUGCCGAACCACAGGUGCCCAAUGUUGAACCACAGGUGCCCAUGGAGACGGAAGUGGUGGAAGAACCAGUUGUAGAGGAAUUGGCUGUCAUAGUGGAGCCAGAACCAGAGCCUGAACUAGAAGAAGUUGUUUCACAAGAUAUUUUAGGAGAACCUCCCAGCUCACCUGCUGCCCUGCUGGUACAACCCCCACUUUCUCCAUCUCCACGCAGAGGACAAAGAAGAGCUCGGAGCCGCAGUCCAGAACUACGCAGGACUAGGGCCCGCACUGCCAGGAGCCGCUCCCCUCUCAACCUGGAUCAGCUGGAUGGUCUCCCUAAUCCCCGUCAUGCUCACAGCUCUCAAGGCCUCAACUCUGCCACCAAUGCUCCCCCUGUGCCUCAAGUGGAGGGCAGUUCUCGGACACGACAACAUGUUCUUUCUAGGCAAAGCACUGCUGACAGUGAUGUUCAGCCAUCUAGGGCUGGUGCAGAAACGGCCCCAGAGGCCCAAAAUGUGGGAUCUCAGGAAGGAGAAGCUGCUGGGGGAGAAGGUGGCGCAGCAGGGCGCCGUCCCCCUACUAUUAUGCUUGAUCUCCAGGUGCGUCGUGUGCGUCCAGGCGAAUAUCGCCAAAGAGACAGCAUUGCUAGCCGUACCCGCUCACGCUCCCAGAACUCAAACAACACAUUUCUUUAUGAGAGUGAGCGUGGUGGAUUUCGUAGGACUUUCUCACGCUCUGAGCGUGCUGGUGUGAGGACCUAUGUCAGCACUAUUCGCAUCCCUAUCCGAAGAAUCUCUGAUGCAGGUUUGGGAGAAGCAACCUCAAUGGCUCUCCAAUCUAUGAUUAGGCAGAUUAUGACUGGUUUUGGUGAACUCGGCUACCUCAUGGAUUCAGACUCUGAUUCUUCAGAUUCAAAUCGUGGAGCCAGCACACCUGCGGAUCUGGCUGAAGCCCUCAACAACCCAGAUGCUGCUCCUCCUGCUGCUGCUGCUGCUCCUGUCGCUGAUGUUGAUGAACCACCGGUGGCUACAGGAGUCAGAGCAAGGACUGCUGAGACUGAUAUUGAUGAGGGCCUUGCCGCUGCUCCACCCGCCUCUGGGGGCAGGGCUCGACCUAGACCACCUAUCAGCCUAGAGGAGCCCAGCUCGCUGCCCUUCCUGCGGCUUGCCCACUUCUUCCUCCUAAAUGAUGAUGACGAGGACCAGCCCCAAGGGCUGACCAAAGAGCAGAUUGACAACCUCUCAAUGCGCAACUUUGGUGAGAGUGAUGCCUUGAAGACUUGCAGUGUCUGCAUAACAGAAUAUGCAGAAGGUAAUAAGCUACGUAAGCUGCCCUGCUCUCAUGAGUACCAUGUGCACUGCAUUGAUCGCUGGCUAUCCGAAAACUCCACUUGCCCAAUCUGCCGCAGGGCUGUCUUGGUAUCGGCCAACCGAGAGAGUGUGGUGUAGCUUAUAAAAGACUGCAGGCCCUUAGUCUCAACCUAAGUAAUCUAAUACCCCAAGUCCAUAAGAGGCUUUGAGGAAAUGUGUCUCCACUGUUGAAAUGUAUUUCCUUCAUACCAUUUGUGAGUUUGAUCAUAAUGCAGUCACAGGUUUGAUUUGGGGUGCUCCAUACAGUGACAUUGGGACAUAUUCCGUCUCUAGUAAGACACUUAUUAUUGCAGUCCAAAGUUAGGCACAAGCAAUGCAUGCUGUUUGAAUCAACCUGUAGUGACCAAGCAGUUUGUUGCAUUGCGUCUAGCCAUGCAAACAAGCAGACCGGCAUCUCUUAAAGAAUCCCCUGGUUAUAAAUGCUGCACACCUGCAGGUAGUUCAGGCCCAUCUGCUCUUUUGUAUUAACUCCUAAAUGGCGCCUUACACACCGGAAGUUGGGUAUUGGUACAGUUCUUAGUUACACCAGUUCAAAGUAUUAGCUGUAAAUAAGCUUGUAAAAAUAAUUUUGAAUCAUACUUUGUAUUAGUGAAUUGGUUUUGAAUUGUAAAUUAUCUCAUGAAGAUUAGGGUCGUGUUGGCCGCUAUUACUCUAUAUCAGAGCAUCCCUAAAUUUAAACAAAUAAGUGGCAUCAGUGUACACAGCAGAAUUAUUUAGAGUUUAUGUCCAAAGGAUGUAGGACAUUAAUUGGCUUGCCAUUGACAGUGACUUUUACUCUCCCUUUUUGUUCACCUGAAAGAAACAAACUACUGUUUUGGAGUGGCAUAUACCAUGAAAACUCUGUGUGAUGAAUUGUUUAAAAAAUAGAAUGUUGUACAGACAUAAGGGAAAGAUGAAUCCAACUAGGCUACUUAAGCAAAGUAUAAGUUUAUUUUGGAAUCAUAUAGCAUCUUUAUUUUCUUGAUCAUUAUAAAUGAUUGAGUAGUAUUCAUACCGGAAAUUAGGGAUGUCUCAAUAUUGGUAGUAGAUAUUGGGUUGAUUUCAAGUUGUUGGCAUGUGAAUUUUCCCACCUCAAAAAUACUCUAACAGGCAUGACAUGUCAAAAAAUUUAAUAUACUUGCUUUUUUCCCCCCAAAUGUAAAAGGAUGUUCACUUUUUAAUGUACAACAAUGAUUUCACACUCAUUUGCCCUGUCAUCCAUUAGCUACUGGUCUGAUUCUUAAUUUUUCCACUAACAUACUGGAUUGUCUUUAAUUAUGACCGAUGAAUUAAGUUAUCAAAGACUAUAUUGGCAUAGAUUGGAAUGACCAGAAAUUGACAAACAGUGAAAUGUCAAGUCAAGCCAGAUCUCUUUACCUGGAGGUCCACCUCAGUGUACAAGUGACAAUUUAAGUUAUUAAUCCAAAGGUUCGAGUGUCAGACAGUUACCAGUUCACAUCAUUGUCCUUCUGACUUAGCGAGGCUCCAGUAGGAAGUCAAGAGGCUCACCCACUGUGCCCUCCUUCUGCCCCAUGAGCAGAUGCUCCAUAUCAGUGUGCAAUACAUGCUAAAGUGAAAGUAGGGAAAUACAAACCAUGAUAUAAAUGUAUGCUAUUGUUAAAAACUGUUGUUAAUGGCAAAAAUCUUAAAUGAAGACUUAUUACCUUUUUUAAAAUGUGUUGAAGUUAUUUUAUUUUAUUUAGAAGUUAUGUAGGUUUUAAUAGCACUGUUGAUGAACAGGAACACUGACUAAAGUAAGAAAAGGGCAUCACUAUUAAUGCCAUCCUGUCAUGUUUCUUGUUCCACUGUUUGAUGUCUUUGCCACAAUUAUUACUUCCCCUUUGUGGGACAUAAAAGUUUGAACGCAAGACGUUGUCAUUGUUGAAUACCAUAAACAUGUAAAUGAAAUGUAUGUUCCCUCUUUGGCCAUUCUUUAGUUUUGGCCUUGUUCUGUGUCACCCAGUGCAGUAUGUUAACUGGGUGUUAAAAUGAAACUAACCGCUGAAUUAAACAAGUUGUUAUGCUACAAAAUGCAUUGCAGGUAUGCAUUCUGUACACUCA